GACGGCUUUGGCUUUGCCAGGGACCCAGACCCGCUUCAGCCAGGAGCCAGCCGACCAGACUGUGGUGGCCGGACAGCGGGCCGUGCUGCCCUGCGUGCUGCUCAACUACUCCGGGAUCGUGCAAUGGACCAAGGACGGGCUGGCGCUGGGCAUGGGCCAGGGCCUCAAAGCCUGGCCGCGGUACCGGGUCGUGGGCUCCGCGGACGCCGGGCAGCACAACCUGGAGAUCGCAGAUGCGGAGCUCUCUGACGACGCCUCUUACGAGUGCCAGGCCACGGAGGCCGCCCUGCGCUCCCGGCGAGCCAAGCUCACCGUGCUCAUCCCCCCGGAGGACACCAGGAUUGAUGGCGGUCCUGUGAUUCUGCUGCAGGCGGGCACACCCCACAACCUCACGUGCCGCGCCUUCAACGCCAAGCCCGCCGCCACCAUCAUCUGGUUCCGGGAUGGGACACAGCAGGAGGGGGCUGUAGCCAGCACGGAGCUGCUGAAGGACGGGAAGAGGGAGACCACCGUCAGCCAGCUGCUCAUUAACCCCACAGACCUGGACAUUGGGCGCGUCUUCACCUGCCGCAGCGUGAACGAGGCCAUCCCGAGUGGCAAGGAGACGUCCAUCGAGCUCGACGUGCACCACCCUCCUACGGUGACCCUGUCCAUUGAGCCACAGACAGUGCAGGAGGGCGAGCGUGUCGUCUUCACGUGCCAGGCCACAGCCAACCCCGAGAUCCUGGGCUACAGGUGGGCCAAGGGCGGCUUCUUGAUUGAGGAUGCCCACGAGAGUCGCUAUGAGACCAACGUUGAUUACUCCUUCUUCACGGAGCCUGUGUCCUGUGAGGUCCACAACAAAGUGGGGAGCACCAAUGUUAGCACGCUGGUCAACGUCCACUUUGCCCCCCGGAUUGUGGUUGACCCCAAACCCACGACCACAGACAUUGGCUCUGAUGUGACCCUCACCUGUGUCUGGGUUGGGAAUCCCCCCCUCACCCUCACCUGGACCAAAAAGGACUCAAACAUGGGGCCCAGGCCUCCUGGCUCCCCACCCGAGGCUGCUCUCUCUGCCCAGGUCCUGAGUAACAGCAACCAGCUGCUGCUGAAGUCGGUGACCCAGGCAGAUGCCGGCACCUACACCUGCCGGGCCAUCGUGCCUCGGAUCGGAGUGGCUGAGCGGGAGGUGCCACUUUAUGUGAACGGGCCCCCCAUUAUCUCCAGCGAGGCCGUGCAGUACGCCGUCAGGGGUGACGGCGGCAAAGUGGAGUGUUUCAUCGGGAGCACGCCCCCCCCAGACCGCAUUGCAUGGGCAUGGAAGGAGAACUUCCUGGAGGUGGGGACCCUGGAACGCUACACGGUGGAGAGGACCAACUCGGGCAGCGGGGUCCUGUCCACGCUCACCAUCAACAACGUCAUGGAGGCCGACUUCCAGACCCACUACAACUGCACCGCCUGGAACAGCUUCGGGCCGGGCACGGCCAUCAUUCAGCUGGAAGAGCGAGAGGUGUUACCCGUGGGCAUCAUCGCCGGGGCCACCAUUGGCGCAGGCAUCCUGCUUAUCUUCUUCUUCAUCGCCUUGGUGUUCUUCCUCUACCGGCGCCGCAAAGGCAGUCGCAAAGACGUGACCCUUAGGAAGCUGGACAUCAAGGUGGAGACAGUGAACCGUGAGCCACUCACCAUGCACUCCGACCGGGAGGACGACACUGCCAGCGUCUCCACGGCAACCCGCGUCAUGAAAGCCAUCUACUCGUCCUUCAAGGAUGAUGUGGACCUGAAGCAGGACCUGCGCUGUGACACCAUCGACACCCGGGAGGAGUAUGAGAUGAAGGACCCCACCAAUGGCUACUACAACGUGCGUGCCCACGAGGACCGCCCGUCUUCCAGGGCAGUGCUCUAUGCGGACUACCGGGCCCCGGGCCCCGCCCGCUUCGACGGCCGCCCGUCUUCCCGCCUCUCCCACUCCAGCGGCUACGCCCAGCUCAACACCUACAGCCGGGCGCCGGCCUCCGACUACGGCCCUGAGCCCACAGCCCCUGGGCCCGCUGCCCCCGCUGGCACCGACACGACUAGCCAGCUGUCCUACGAAAACUAUGAGAAGUUCAAUUCCCAUCCCUUCCCCGGGGCAGCAGGGUACCCCACCUACCGGCUGGGCUACCCCCAGGCCCCGCCCUCCGGCCUGGAGCGGACCCCGUACGAGGCGUAUGACCCCAUUGGCAAGUACGCCACAGCCACGCGGUUCUCCUACACCUCCCAGCACUCGGACUACGGCCAGAGGUUCCAGCAGCGCAUGCAGACUCACGUGUAGGGCCCGAGCCUGGCCGGGGCAUCUCUGCGGGGCAGAGGAGAAGGCUCUCACAGCUGUUCCCUGAUAUUCAGGGGCGUUGCUCGUUGUUGCUCCCGUCCUGGUCCAGCCUUCCUCCUCCCACCGUGGCAGGCGGGGAGCAGGUCUCCCGGAAACACCCCGUCCCGAGGAUGGUGCUCUGUGCAUGCCCCAGCCUCCUGGGCCUGCCUUUCCCUCUUCUUCGGGAGGAUGUGUCUCUUCUGACCUGCACUCUCGCCUGGCCCCAGCCUGGGCACGGGGAAAGUGAAGGUUGCGGAGAGCAGAGGGGGCACUUUUUAGCAUUCCCUUUCUAUCUCACCCCUCUGGUCUCCCGUAAGUGGACUGGGGUCCUGUGGGGAUGAGCAGGCUUUGACCCAGGAGACAUGAAGUGUGGGGGUGAGUGGCUCUGGCACAGGUAGAUGGAAUUGGGAUAGACUGGCCGGUCCCUCUGUUCAUCUGCACUCAUACCUUCAGUGCAUCUCUCCCUCCUCGGGAUGCAGAAGGACCUUGGAUUUACUUUAGCCCUGGCACCGAGUUCAGAUCCAGCCCUCAUUCAGAUGCCAAUCAUCCUGGCUGCCCACUGUGGACACCUGUCUGUCCGCCUCCCGAGGGGUUCCAGGUAUCUCCCAUAGCGCUGCCCUCUUUCCUUCUCUUCUGUGCUGGGCCAGCCAGAGAAACCAGAGGUUGUGUGGAGAAAGAAAGAUCAGGAACCAUGUCCUGAUUCCCCAGCAAGACAGCUGUGUGCUACAUAGAAGUUUCCAGAGCACAUGCUAGAAGGAGCCCACCCAAGCCCCCUGCUCUCCCCAUUCUGCCCCACCUCCUGGCUUUAACUCUUGAGCCUGCCUGGGGGAGUGGGAGGGUGAGGGUGGGGGUACUAUAGGAUAUUUUUCAAAGACAGACAAAAAAAAACAAUGAAAACCUCAUUUGGAAAAAAGAAGCUGUAGAGAGUCCCCCCACCCAAAUACAAGUCCCAGUGGAAAGGAAAGGGGUGUCUGUCUCCACCAGGCACCUUCCAUUACUCUUUCAAUCUCGAAGCACUUUGAAUCCAUUUUUAAACAUUCAGGUGGUGAGACCUGUCACCCAGUAGGUUCUGCUAGGACAAGGAGGGGACCUGGCUGUCAGGCUCUGCUGUCCUACCCUAGGGGGAACCAGCUGGUUAGAGAGGCCACCUUCCAGGGGGCAUGGGAGAUGUUCUCUUUGGACAGGUUUGGGUUUGUUAAGUGUCUUUUUUUUUUUUUGUCUUGAGCCAAUCAGAUUCCUUCUUCCACUUUCA